AUGUCAGCAAUGCGAACGCUUGAACCACACCUGCCAACGCCAGACCGGAUCUGUCAAGUUCAAGUCGGGAUCUUCUUCGAAAUGGGACGACAAAUUCGGAAAAAAUCAGACCUGGCUACCACCAACUCGACAUGCCACCAUGCAGCUAAGUUCCAGUUCCACGAUGAAGGGCCAGACCUCAAGAACGAGUAUUGCGUUGAGGAGUCCGGAAAACCGUUUGCAUAUCCUGGACAGGUCGCGGCGGAAAUAUCAGCGCCGUAUAUUACUUUCCAAGGGCGGCCUUCAUCAACAAUUACAUCUCGCAGUAACUCAUGUAUUUCUUCUUCCGCAGACACAGCGAGAGAGCGAACCAACUCGGAAAUCAGCAAAGCAGCUACUUCGCCAGCCUACAGAGCAGAGUUCCCGUCACCUCUGUCUCCUUCAAAACGGCCGCUCCCCAAUGAUUUCACUAUCCGUCCCCAGGUAGACUUGCGACUACCACCAAUACGCACUCUCAACUCAACUCUACCUCUUCCACACCCUGAUAUGAGACAUCGGUACACCGUCUACAAACAGCCAGAGCGCGAUAUUUCCAGUCUUCACGGUCCCGAUAUGCACGGAAACCACGAUCCUGUCCCGAGGCAGAUUUAUGCAGAGUAUAGACGUCUUGAGGACAGCCAGGCGGCCGCUGUUCCAGAUGAAGACCUGCUGUCGCCAGAACAAUGGCAAGGGCUUUUCCGAUGGCCGAACGACCAGACUACUAAACUAUGCACGUGUUUGAUGCACUACUUCAGGGAAGAGCUAGCGCCUUGGUUCGAUGUUGGCGAUCCUAGCAGGACGUUUGAAACAAUUGUGCCCCACGAAGCUUGCUUUCAUCCGCCUUUACUGAAUGCUGUCUUCGUUGCCGCCUCGCGGCACCUCCUGGCUAGCAAGAAGCACAAAGCGUCAGACGGAAGAACUGUGCAGUACCAGAAUGAACGCCUCGAUAGGCUGAAUGACGACAUGUGCUACCGGUAUCUUGACGCAGUUAUAGCAUAUUUGAAAAGGGCAACCAAUGCAGCUCAGCUUUGCGACGUGGAAUACUUCGCAGCCGCAGUACUUUUGAGAUUCGCGAGCGAUUUCCAGAGAUCGAUUACCGGCGAAGAAGAAGACGGAGUCAACCGGACUUACCAGAGCUUUAUCAGGGCUCGAGCAUUUGCGAUGGCUGAUGUUUCUGCCAGCCCGCCGAAUCAGCACAACUGGAUGCAGUCCAGCCACUCACCACACAACAAUCAAGCAUCUUUCCAACUUAUGCAGGAAGAUAACAGAGCGUGGGGAAAGAAAACGCUGCUAUCUUUCGAGCACGCAUGUAAUCGCGUGGCAUUGCGGCAGGAGAUCCUAGCUACCAUAAUGUACAUUUCCAGACCCAAGGAAGGUCGUGCCGCAAUCAACGCUAAGUUCACCUUACCUCCAACAUGGAACGCACUGAGACUCUUUCCGGCGCAGGAAAAAUCGAAGACUUCAUCUGGGCCGACAAGCACCUCUGUCACCUGGCAGAUGUGCUUCGCUUCCAUGACGACAAAAGUUCACCAUCCCGAGGCGAUGACUUUCGCGCUCUUCGCCAAUACCAAAUCGACUGGGAGUCAUACAAGCCAUAUUCGUUCGCACCCUAUCGCGAUCAACCGCAACAGGAUCCACCGCUUCCGCAUCGAGCCUAUGCGACCUUUGCUCUACCGACCACUUGGCUGCUGGGCGAAGUCAACCUCAUAG